AUGAAAUCCAACGGCAUGAUUCUCCCGGCAGUACCGUCAUACCUCCUCCCCGAACUCACCCAGGUUGAGGAGAUGCUAACUGCCAGGGUAUACAUUUCCGGAGGAGUCACAGGUCAUUAUUCUUCGGAAGUCAUUUUCCUGCACUUUCAAGCGGCACUGGUGCUCAAAUGCAAUGUUGUCAAGAACAACCACUGGACGUAA